AUGCCGCCGCCCACGGGGAGCCGGCGGCCGGGGUGCGACAGCGGCUCCAUGCUCAGGCUGCUCCUCGUCGCCUCCCUCUGCUGCGGCUGCUUCUUCGUCGUCGAGCGCUGGGGCAAUGGCGCGCUCCGCUCGGAUUCCGGGAGGAUGGCAGGAGCGGCGACCCACGCCGGUCAUGAUCUGAUCGGUCACUACGACAGCGGCGCCGUCGGGCGUCGGCUGCUCUCCGGCGGCCCAGGGUCGCACCCGCCGCGGUGCACGUCCAAGUGCGGCAGCUGCAGCCCGUGCUCGCCCGUGCACGUGUCCGUGCCGCCGGGCGUGCUGGUCACCACGGAGUACUACCCGGUGGCGUGGCGCUGCAAGUGCCGCGACCGCCUCUACAUGCCCUGA